AUAUUCUUUUACUGGGUCAUGGCGCGUUUAUCUGCCAAUUUUACAUAUGAAUAAUGAUGAUGAUUUGUGGCAAUUCACUGGGUUAUUGCUGUAAGAGGGACACAAUGGAUUUGUACAAUGUGAACGGAACUAAAUUUGUAGACAUUUCAAAAGCAUUUGAAUUUAGUUUGGUUGUUACGUUUCAGCAAUUGGAUGGGUAUAUUGCUGGCCAGGAUUAUCCGACCUACAGCGAAGUGCCUCAGGGCUUGCAGUUCAGGUGUGAUCAACGGCUACCUGGCUACUACAGUGAUCCGGAAGCUCAAUGUCAGGUAUGGCACUGGUGUCUCCCCAACGGCCAAAAGUUCAGCUUCCUCUGCCCGAACGGUACCAUUUUCAAUCAAUAUGCCCGCGUCUGCGAUUGGUUCUUCAACGUUGAUUGCGCCGGUACACCCAGUUUGUACGGCAUCAACGAGGACCUUUACAGAAUCCCAGAUUAUUCCCACCAACAGCAGCAACAAUAAUAGAGAUACCUCAAAAUUUAUGAUUUUUUGUGUAACAAAUGUGCAUUUUAGGAUAAUGAUAUUUAUGUGCCUCCCAUUAUUAUCUUAUAACAUGUAAAUAGCGAAACGUCUGCAUAAAACACAAAAGAUGCGCGAUAACCGGGCACAUUGUACUUUUUAUUAUUUAUUAACAGAAAUCCAUGCAUUUAUCUUUCCACUGAUAAAUGUAAUUGUCUUUAAUUGUCGUAUCUUUUCCGUCUAACGUAUGUAUAUAUACAUGUCAAUAUAAAUAUAUGCGUGUAAUAACGCGUUAAGUGAUAUGUGCAUCUUAUUGUUUCGACUUUAUCUUAUAGAUUAGACAGAUAUUGUAAUUAGCUGUAGGAUGUAAUUUUCCAAGAGAAUGUUUCAAGCGAAAAUAAUGGACGGAUGACUUACCAUAAAACUGUACAUGCUGCAAAUGAAAUUGCUGUAAUUAGAUGCAAGAUUAAA